AAUGUAAAUCCUGCACUUCUUCCUCAUCCUGCAGUUUGUUUCAUCAGACACGAGAUUGUGCUUCCUAUCGGCAGCAUAUUUUUCCACCGGCUUUUCAGAGAUGGGAGACCCAGUGACCGAGUACACAGCCCGGCUUCAGCACCAGGAGUGCGAAAUUCAAAGUUUGUCUGCAGAAAUCGAGAGUCUUAAAAAGUCUCAGAGCUUUGAGCCAUCGCAGCGCCUGGAGGAUCUGCGGGAGGAAAACGCCAGACUGAAGUAUCGCCUCAACGUCAUGAAGAGGAGUCUUCAGGAGGAGACGCCACACUGCGGUAAAUCCAUGCUGAACAUCAACCAGCGGCUGCAGGAUGUUUUCGGCGAGGCCAUCAGGGCUUCCUUCCCUGACCUCAACAACCCGCCGCUCGCCGUCACGCCCAACCAACAGGCCAAGUUCGGAGAUUACCAGUGCAACAGCGCUAUGGGCAUGGCUCAGAUGCUGAAAACAAAGGGGGCAAAGUUGAACCCGAGGGAAAUCGCUGAGAAGAUUGUCCAGAAUCUGCCAGAUAACGAACUCAUCCAGAGGACGGAGAUCGCUGGACCGGGAUUCAUCAACAUCCAUCUGAAGAAAACGUUUGUGUCCAAACUGCUGACCAGCCUGUUGCUCAAUGGCGUCCAGCCGCCGCCACUUGCCACUAGGAAGAGGGUGAUCGUGGAUUUCUCCUCGCCCAACAUCGCCAAGGAGAUGCAUGUGGGUCACCUUCGCUCCACCAUCAUUGGCGACAGCAUGUGUCGGCUGUUUGAGUUUCUGGGUUAUGACGUCCUCAGGCUGAACCAUGUCGGCGACUGGGGGACCCAGUUUGGGAUGCUCAUAGCUCACUUGCAGGAUAAAUUUCCAGACUACCUGACAGUGUCUCCUCCCAUCGGUGACCUGCAGAUAUUUUACAAGGAGUCAAAGAAGCGCUUUGACGAAGACGAGGAGUUCAAGAAACGGGCGCACCAAUGUGUUGUCAGGCUGCAGAGCAAAGAACCCGACUUCAUCAAAGCCUGGGAGAUGAUCUGUGACGUUUCCAGGAGAGAGUUUCAGAAGGUCUACGACUGUUUGGACAUCCAGAUCGUCGAGAGAGGAGAGUCGUUCUACCAGAACCGGAUGACCCAGGUGGUGAAGGAGUUCGAGGACAAAGGUCUGGUUGAGCUGGAUGAAGGCCGGAAGAUCGUCUUUGUUCCAGGUCAGUCCAUCCCGCUGACCAUCGUCAAGUCGGACGGCGGCUACACCUAUGACACGUCAGAUCUGGCAGCGCUGCGUCAGCGGCUCUUCGAGGAGAAGGCUGACAUAGUCAUCUACGUCGUGGACAGCGGCCAGGGGAUGCACUUUCAGGUGAUUUUCUCUGCAGGACAGAUGAUCGGCUGGUACGACCCGCAAGUGACCCGGGUAGAGCACGCUGGUUUUGGAGUGGUGCUGGGAGAGGACAAGAAGAAAUUUAAGACCCGAUCUGGAGACACAGUGAGGCUGAUGGACCUGUUGGAGGAGGGACUGAAGAGAUCUAUGGACAAACUGAAAGAGAAGGAGCGAGACAAGGUGCUGACUCCAGAAGAGCUCGUUAAAGCCCAGAGAGCCGUUGCGUUUGGCUGCAUCAAAUACGCUGACCUGUCUCACAACCGCAUCAACGACUACGUCUUUUCCUUCGACAAGAUGCUGGAUGACCGGGGCAACACGGCGGCCUACCUGCUCUACGCCUUCACCCGCAUCAGGUCCAUUGCCCGUCUGGCCAACCUGGACGAGGCUACGCUCAGGAAGGCUGCAGAGACAACGGAGAUCCUGCUGGACCACGACAAGGAGUGGAAACUGGGGAAGUGCAUCCUGCGCUUCCCGGAGAUCCUGCAGAAGAUUCUGGACGACCUGCUGCUGCACACUCUGUGCGACUACCUGUAUGAGCUCGCCACCACCUUCACUGAGUUCUACGACAGCUGCUACUGCGUGGAGAAGGACCGGCAGACAGGUGAGGUGAAUAAGAUCAACAUGUGGAGGAUGCUGCUGUGUGAAGCCACCGCCUCCAUCAUGGCCAAAUGCUUCGACAUCCUGGGCCUCAGCCCGGUCCAGAGGAUGUGAUCCCGUCUUCUUCCCACUUCAGCUAAAACUACAGGAGCUCUCAGUCAGUAUUACACAGGACUGCCAUUUCAGACUAAAUCUGUCAAAUCAGAGGGAAAAUGUUAAGUUUGGUUCAUUAAAUAUCAUCUCAUGUGAAGGAUAUUUUUUUAAAUAAAGAGCCAUUCUGAAACUGAA